CCCAGGUGGGUGAGGAGCGAUCGCCUGUGUUCGGGAAGCCCUGUCUGGGGGCCAUGGGGGGAGAGGUGAGGCUGCCGCCGGGAGAGCCCUGCCGAGAAGGCUACGUGCUGUCUCUGGUCUGUCCAAACUCCUCCCAGGCUUGGUGUGAGAUCACAAAUGUGUCACAGCUGCUGGAUGUUCCUGUCCUCUACAGGGACCUGAAUUCCAGCCUAACCAACUUGAGCAUUUCUGCAAAUGUAGAAAACAAAUACAGUCUUUAUGUAGGCCUGGUACUGGCAGUAAGUUCCAGUAUUUUUAUUGGCUCCAGUUUCAUACUGAAAAAGAAGGGCCUCUUGCAACUGGCCAAUAAGGGCGCUGUUAGAGCUGGACAAGGUGGACAUUCUUACCUUAAGGAAUGGCUUUGGUGGGCAGGAUUACUCUCAAUGGCAGCAGGAGAGGCUGUGAAUUUUGCAGCCUAUGCUUUUGCACCUGCCACCUUGGUCACCCCGCUGGGCGCCCUGAGUGUUCUCAUAAGCGCAAUAUUGUCAUCCUAUUUUUUAAAUGAGCACUUGAACAUUCAUGGGAAAAUAGGCUGCAUAUUAAGUAUAUUGGGGUCAACUGUGAUGGUUAUCCAUGCCCCACAAGAAGAGGAAGUAACUUCUUUGCAUGAAAUGGAAAUGAAAUUGAGAGACCCAGGAUUCAUUUCCUUUGCUGUGAUUGUAACUGUGAUCGCCUUGGUGCUGAUUUUGAUCGUGGCUCCCAAGAAGGGACAGACCAACAUAUUGGUUUACAUUUCAAUCUGUUCAUUGAUUGGAGCAUUUUCAGUGUCUUCUGUCAAGGGCCUGGGAAUUGCCAUUAAGGAACUGUUGGAAUGGAAGCCAGUUUACAAGCAUCCACUGGUCUUUGUUUUGCUGGCUGUACUUGUGCUUUCAGUGACAACACAGAUUAACUAUCUCAACAAGGCACUGGACACCUUUAAUACAUCUCUUGUGACUCCCAUUUAUUAUGUGUUCUUCACAUCCAUGGUAGUGACUUGCUCCGCCAUCUUAUUCCAAGAAUGGUACGGCAUGAAAGCUGGAGAUAUCAUCGGAACCCUCAGUGGGUUCCUCACCAUUAUCAAUGGUAUCUUCCUUCUACAUGCUUUUAAAAACACUGACAUUACCUGGAGUGACCUGACAUCCACUACUCAGAAAGAAGUCCUCUCCCUGAAUGGCAAUGAAGACAAAUACGUCUUACUAGAGAACAUAGAAUGUUCAACCCUAGGAUAUGAGGAUGACAUUACCUUGUUUAGCAGGACUGAUAAUCAAAGUCUCUACAAACCCUGAACUUGAACCAAUAUGACACUUGGAGAAGAAAUACCUGAUUCUUAGAAGAACUAUUAGGAAAGCUGACAUUUUUAAAGUUCUAACUAAUAAUUUAGGUAUGAGGCCAAAUAAAAAUGCCUUCAUUUUUGGCCAUCAAAUUUGAAAAUCAAGGUUUUGAUCUUUCUCCAGAAGACUUCUGCUAUUUCUUGUUUCUACAAACAUGAAAUAUUCCCUGAGCAUAAAAGAAGUUAGAGUUAGAUAGUCUCAGAAUUAUCUCUUUCUUCUGGUCACAAUAUGUUUGGCUCUGCAGAGUGGCUGUUCAUUUCCUUGGCUGCUAUUCUUAGUCUCACAGUAAUUCAUAGAUAAACUCAACUGUAUGCUGAUAAGCAGAGUAUCAAUCAUUCUCAGAUGAAUCAUAGUUUCAAAUUAUUCAAACUGAGAAGUGAGGUUACUGAUGGUUUUCUUCCUCUUCCACAACUUCCUUUAUUUAAACUAGAUAGAUAAAGGGUAAAGUGUUAAAUAAAAAAAAUAGACCUGCUUUGGAAAUCUCCUUAGAGGGUUAGAAUGCAAAAACAUAUGUGCCCAUGCAGGGCUUAUGAAUUGUAAUUUAUUGACAUAUCAUUGAAGAUUAUUACUAUUUAAAAGGGGAAGAAUGGAGGAGGGAAAUAUUUUGUACCUUAGGUAAAUGAAACAGAAUUUUUUUUGUUUGUUUUCACCAAAACGAAUGAUUGUGUUCACAAGUUCUUUUAACUCAGACCUGAACAACAUAAGACAAAAUUGAAUUUCUGGAGAAGUCCUAGUGAAUUCAGUUUGGGAAUUCUUCAUGGUCAUUUUGUUCCUUUCUUUUACUAUUAUCCCAACGGUCAUUUUUCUUGUUGGUGUGGAGAUUUUCAUAAAGUAAUUGCUACAUUAUUUUAGGAUUAUAGUGUACACUUUGAUUUGUCUCAAAUGUUUAAUCCCCAAAGAGUGGGUUUUCCACAAACUGUUUGGAAAUAACUAAUCUUUGUGAAAAACCUGAAUGAGUUAUCAUAAUUGUUCGCUUGAAAUUUGGCACUUUGACGCUCAUUAAGGAAAUUAUAAUUAGUUACAAACCUUUUAUAAAAUAUACAUGUCCUACCACAAUAAGCGGUAGAUUAUCUUUUUCUGUUGAAUUUCAUCCUGACCAUGUUUUCCAUACAUUUUAUUGAUAACUAUCUGGGGAGAAUAGGAAGUGGAGUUAACUUCCUAGAAAACAAAAUGUUAAAACCUCAGGGACUACUACAGGCAAAUAAACUUUUACGUAUGAAAACGUACAUAAAGUUUUCCUGUCUCACUCCAAGUGCAUGGCAGGAAUAACAUUUUUGGUGGCCUUUAAUGUCUAUGGACAGAUUUCUCAUCACUAAUUGCUUUAACGGAAAACAAGAAAAUAGCUAUCUUAUUUCCAGACUAAACAUACUUCUCUCAAAACAAAACAAAAAUCCUAACCAAAAAAUCGUAACAUUUAAAAAACAAAACCCUUUCUGGUUGACUGGACUUUGCUGUUCUAACAUCAAAUGUUAUUAGUUUUGUCUAUUUAUUUGUUUGUAAUCUAACUCAGGUCUAUCCUGGGUAAUAAUAAAUUCUGUUAUUCAGAAUUCUAUUACACCGACUUUAGCAUUUCCCCAGUGCUGUUGAACUGUGAGUGAUGUUCACAGUGAUGACCUGACAUGACUGCCAAGUCCUAAAGUGCUGUUACAGACUCUUCAGCGAAGUUUAAUGUUGAGUGCAAUUCAGUGCAUUCUAAAUAUUUAAAAAUUGAUAAUCCAUGGAAGAUACAUGGGUUGAUACUUCAGGUUAAAUAUGUGUUUACUGUGUUGAUUGAUGUUUCAUUUUAAUUGUAUAUCAGAUAUAUAAGCUAUGAACACAAAUUUGUAGGAAAAGGUAGUGUUUGAAAAAUGUAGAAAUUCCUUUAAGGUUUUUCUUCUUUCUACUGAAAACUCUAUUGGUUUCUCCAGGAUAACUUUUUGGUGAGGAAAUUAAUGGUGUCCAACCUGAGGCUGUGAAUUUUAGUGUCAGAUAUUUCUUUAAUGUCACCCGUUGCAAAACUUUGCCCUUGGUGCAUUGUGCCUGGGUUGAAGGUUCUUGAAACACUAGAGACCGUGUGUACCCUGGACUGGAAAAUGAACUGGUGUUGACGCAUAUGCCCACAAAAAAGUCUGAGAAAAAUUUAAUGAGUUGAAAUAUGUUGAGAAACAAUGAAAUAUUUGAAAAACUCUAAAAUUCCCUGGGUGGGCAUAUGCAUUGAAAAAUCAAAAUGUUACUGCAAAUCUCAAACUCAGAAUAAUUUUUCCCAAGUAGGAAGAUAUUGUCUGAGGAGGAAUAAAAUGCUGGAUCCUUAUAGUCAGAUUAAUGUUAGUGUUAACUGGUUGUUUCACAUACGUAUGUAUUUUAAUAUAUAUUUUCUUUAUCUCACCUACAUGAUAUUUUAAUAUUUAUUAUGUGAAUCUCUGCACAUGUGUCAUUAAGGAUUACAAAGUUGUCCUCACACAGCCAAGGUGAAAGCUUUUCCUAAUUCUGUAAACAUAAUAGUUUCAUUUUAUUUUUUGACUUAUAAUUUUACUCUUAGGUCAACAGUGAAUUCAGAUUGCAAAAUGUUCAUUAAACUCUUUAGAUUUAACAGCAUGAAAUUAACACCUUUGUUUUAAGAGUACUAAAUCAAACACAUGGAAAGCACCCUACAUCAUACCUGACAUAUGAGGCAUUUAAUAAAAUUUAGUUUUUUUUGAAUCACCAUUUUAAUUCUUAUAGUCCUAUUACUAGAUAAGGACCAUCAGUUGCCAGUUUUCAUACACUCUUCAUCUUUUCUCAAUUUCUAUCAUAUUAGCUCAUUUAAAAUAACCCAAGUGAAAAUUCCAUCAUUACACUAUCUCAACACAAAUCAAUACGUGAUUCCAACAAAUAUUUUUCUUAAUAAAACUGAACUAACUGCAAACUUCACAUUCCAACAAAACUUUGGAAAGGUCUAUGAACAUAUGUGGAAUGUUCUCAAAUAUUUUGAAUAAACUCUGGUCAUGAAAUUUUCUAUUUCUCA